UGUACAUUAAAAUAUUCAUAUACUUAUAGGAGCGAUUUAUCAAUAGAAUAUUAGAAAGCAAUGACCUAAGGGAGAGUACUUGAUUGUCAUCUAUAACAUCCAGGAUUGGGAUGCAUUUCUUUUGCCUUAUUAAAGUAUUAAAAUAAAAAAGAAUUUAGAUUCUUAUUAACUGGAAAACGAUUUUCUAUAUUUUUUAUACCAAUGCACUUUAUUCCUAUUUUAAUAUUUAAGAGAAAAGAACUUAGAUCACAGUAAUUAUAAAAUUUUAAAUAGUCCUUUUACAACAAUAAAAAGAGCUUCUGUAAAUUGUUUAAAGUCUUUAUUAUUUCUCUCAUCAAUGGUAGGAAUCAUUAGAUUAACAAUUUGUUCUUUAAAAAGAUUAAAGAGACCAUUAGGAGGUAUUUUAUAUUAAAUAUAUAUUAAUAGGAAUUGAUGGAUUAAUAAUUGGUUUAUUUAGUGGUACAUCUAUUAUUUUAGAAUCUGAUGGAAGAGGAUUUGAAAUGACUCUUCAAUUAUUUCCUCGUUUUUGUGAGUCUAUUUAUAAUCAUUUUCAUAAGAAAUACCCAAAAUUAAAAAUGAAAAACUUUGAAUUGAUAUUAUUUAGUCUAUUGAUUGGAUUAAUUCAUUAUUGCUAUUAACAUAAUGUAAUUAAUUGUAUAAAAUAAUAGAGUUUAGUUAUAAAAUCAACAUAUUUAGCAUUAUUCAAAUAAUUUUGGGGAAAAAAUUGA